UUCAUGAUAUGCAUAAAGCUGUUCACCAAUCUUGUUUUAUAUUAUCCGGCCAUGGCCCUCUCCAUUUCUUCCACUGCGCUCUCAUCACUCCCAAUCAGCAGAGAAUCAUCCCACAGUCACAGAGCACUCAAUUUCCCCGGAAAAUUCCCAAAAUACAAUCUCCGGCGAGGUUCUUCUCAUCUGAACGCUGCAAAAUCCGGCGUAUCUAGCGUCUGUGAACCGCUCCCUCCAGAUCGACCCCUCUGGUUCCCCGGCAGCACCCCCCCUGAGUGGCUCGACGGCAGCCUUCCCGGCGAUUUCGGGUUCGACCCGCUUGGAUUGGGAUCCGACCCAGAGCUCCUAAAAUGGUUCGCACAAGCGGAGCUAAUGCACGCGAGAUGGGCAAUGCUCGCAGUGGCCGGAAUCCUCCUCCCCGAAUGGUUCGAGAGCUUAGGACUGAUUCAAAAUUUCUCCUGGUACGACGCCGGAACGCGAGAAUAUUUUGCAGACCCGACGACAUUGCUGGUGGCUCAAUUGGGUCUAAUGGGGUGGGUAGAGGGGCGGCGGUGGGCUGACAUGGUUAACCCAGGAUGCGUAGACGUGGACCUCAAACUACCUCACAAGAAAAAGCCAACACCGGACGUGGGCUACCCCGGCGGGUUCUGGUUCGACCCGAUGAUGUGGGGCAGGGGAUCGCCGGAGCCGGUCAUGGUGCUGCGGACUAAGGAGAUCAAGAACGGGCGGCUGGCGAUGCUGGCGUUUGUCGGACUGUGGUUUCAGGCUAUUUAUACAGGGCAAGGUCCGCUGGAGAAUCUCGCCGCCCACGUUGCCGAUCCCGGCCACUGCAACAUCUUCUCGGCAUUCAGCUCCGGUGGAAUUUGAGCUCAGAUUCAGAGAUCGGUUACAUCCAACAUCCGACACAAGUUUGUAAUUGUGACUGUUUCAAAAUAUUUGGAUAUCUAUAUUCUUCAUUGAUUAUGUUACAUACAUUUAAGGAUUUAAUUUAUGUCAUUUUGAUUAUAUUAUACUAACAUGAUAUUGGAAUGUGAUAACGAGUAGAAGA